AUGCACUCCAGAGAACGGAAUGUAAAAGAUCAUGAAGUCACCAUACUGUCAAUCCCAGGUGGUCGCUGCGGCGUGAAUCAGUUGGGUGGCCACUAUGCCAACGGCCGGCCCCUCCCAGUCGUGACUCGCUGGCGCAUCCUCCACUUGGCACUCCUCGGCUACCGCCCCUGUGACAUCUCGAGGCACCUUCUGGUUUCCCAUGGCUGCGUGUCCAAGAUCCUGGCGCGAUUUGCAGAAACGGGGUCUAUCCUUCCGGGCGCCAUUGGUGGCAGCAAACCACGUGUCUCAACCCCUCGAGUCGUGGCUUAUAUUCGGGAAUACAAGCGACGAAACCCCGGCAUGUUCGCCUGGGAGAUCCGCUCCCGCCUGGCAAGGGACGGCGUGUGUCCUCAGGCCCAUCUGCCUUCCAUUUCCUCCAUCAACCGCAUUCUGAGGGCCACGGGGGCGAGCGGGGGCGUCGUCGCCGAGGAGGGCAGCCGUGGAUCGAGACACGGCGGCGAAGAGGAUGAGGACUCCGAGGCUCCUGCUUACCUCGUUGAUCGGGACGACUUCGCAGCGGGCGCUGAUGGCUGUUCCGGCGAGAGCGCGGUGGCGAGAGAGUGCGGGGAGAUGACUGAAGGAGGAAGGAAGGAGAAAGGAUGUCGCUUUCCCAGCGUUGACCAGACAGGGGGCAGUCCCAUCGCUUCCUCUUCGACCAGCUUCAUCACAGUCGGUGGCGUCAAGAUGGUUCUCAGCGCUACCAAGUCGACAGCAGAUGCUGCCAAGGAGGCUGACGUAAGCUCCAGUUCCUCGGUCGGUCUGGAGAAAAUUAUUCAUGAAGACAGCUUUAAACCUUCAGUGGAAUCCCUUCCCAGACAUUUCGAAAAGAUUAAUCCCAAAGCACUGGAAUCUGGUGAUUACCGCACCGUAGGUAACACGGCGAUGGAUUUCUUUCGAAGGGGUGCUGGCCAAAGCGGGCUUCAGGAGCACCCAAAAGAAAUGCUCAACUACGACAGAUCCAAGCUCAGCCCGCCAAAUUCAUCUAGCUUGCAAGUAUCGGCGAAAAGAUGGACCGUGCAGCCGCUGUGUUUUCCCGCCUGUGGUCUUCAGCCUGGCGCCGGAAAUUUCAACCUGAGUCAAGGCGCUAUUUCCAGGAACGAUUUUCAGAAAUCUCAAAUAUUCAUGAAACCAUUUAUAUGCCAUGAUGAGCAGAGGAAAGGCAAAUUUAUGCUACCUACACCCGAAAAAUCUCUCAGUCAAAAAAGUAUAUUUGAAAUGACGGGAGGUUCGCGUGGCGCAUUUCUGAACCCAAUUCCCGACUCGCAGUUCGACCAGCCAACUCCACUCACUCCAGAAGGCCGAGUGAGAGGAUUUAUUGGCGAGAGCUACUUCGGCUGGCAAAUGAUGCCCGCCUUUAAAGAAAAACUCCAAAAGAGCUGCACGGACAGAUAUGUAGACUCUCAAAUUCGUGACACAGACUUCCCUACGGAAAGGUUACUAUCUUCCACCUUCCCUUCAAACCUGGCGAACCGAGAAGAAUCAUCUUCGAGUUUCCAGCUGCAGCUCCUAAAAGGCAGUCGCUUAACGUCCCCCAAAACCAGAGAUGAAGCACAAGCCACGGCCGGAGUUUCCAGUACCACUCCAGACGGUUCACUGCAUCCACAGGAAUCUCAAGGCACUAACAAAGACACGCCAACAACAGACACAAUAGAAUUACAGGGUAUGUCUUAUCAUAGCGACGGGGGAUUCCAAAAUUGUCAGAGCACAGAAGACGAAGAAAGCUUAGAAAUCGACACGAAAGAUUCGAACAUCGGAACAGCAGCUGAUCCUUCCUGGCAUCGGAGAGAGAGGAGCCCGGACGCCGCAAACGGAUCUCCUCCCGCCCCACCCAGCGACCACGACCACCUUCCGCCCAGCGAUGACUCGGCGGCGCCACACCCAAGCCAGAGCCCACAGUCCCGGCGUGACCUCUCGAUGCCCUACAAGGUCACGGUCUCCAAGCCGUGGGUAGCUUUUCUCAGCACAUGCGGAAGGGGCGCCUCAUCCCCGCCUCCUCACGGGUCCCCGGAGAGUCCCUCGCUUAAGGACACUCCCACUCACGACUGCGAGUGGAAAAGCGUGAGGAAUGAGGAUGGGAUGAGCUCACAGUCCGCGCAGGGACGCACUGACUCAUCCUCCUCGACGCACUCACGCCACGCAGGACCGACGCCUCACGGACUUCUCCCUCACCAAGCAGAGAGGAAUCCUUCGUCAGCCAAGAAGCCACAAACGUUCAUGAUAAAGGACCUCCUCGCCUGA